AUGCCUUUGCCUUAUGGACCUGUCGACUUCAGCGACAAGUUCAACACUGAUGGCAAUUAUAUUGUCCUUGAUGUCAAAAACCUUCUUAAGGGCUGGCCUACAUAUAUCAUAGAAUUCACGCCUCAAAAACCGGGACCAGUGAAACUGCUGUUGCGCUUGAGAGAUGCAAAAAAGCUCAGAUGGAUUGAUGAUGGUGACAGUGAAGCCGAUGAGUUGAUACUGCAAGGGACUUGCAGAAAGACCCCAAAAAAACAAUCCAGCUCCUCCACUAGUGCCAUCAAAACUGAUCCAGACACUGGUACCAUAGGUUCGAACACUCCCAGUGCCUCUGAGCUGGGCAGCCCCACACUCCUCGCAAAUCCUGUGCAGUUCCUGGGUGUAUUGGAAGACCCGCCAGUGAAGAAACGCAAGUUUGCUGAUGAAGACUCUGUUUGGCCUCCUCAUCACUCUCAAGCCUACAGAGACGUCCUGGAUCUACCCCUUGCUGCUUUUCGUAACCUCAUGAUUCUGUCUGCUCCUGUGGAAGCAGCAGUUGAUAGUCCCAUGUAG